CGUGGGUUCAUGCUUGCGAUCUUUACAUUUACCAUUUAAUUUUACUUAUCUUUAUUGAAUGAAAGGGUUUUAAUUAUCCUAAAAAUUACCACUAAAUAAACGUAUUAAAUAAAUUUUGUCACUAUGAAAAUUGCCGUCGAAGGUUGUGCCCAUGGCGAGUUAGAAAAGAUAUACGAGUGCAUCAAAACAUUACAGGAGAGGGAAGGAAUAAGCAUUGAUUUAUUGAUAUGCUGCGGAGAUUUCCAAUCCGUGCGGAAUAAAGAUGAUUUACGAGCAAUGGCAGUGCCUGAAAAAUAUCAGCAUAUCUGCACAUUUUAUAAGUACUAUAGUGGUGAGGAAAAGGCUCCAGUGUUGACAAUAUUUAUUGGCGGGAACCAUGAAGCUUCCAACUAUCUGCAAGAACUUCCCUAUGGAGGAUGGGUGGCCCCAAACAUCUACUACAUGGGCAGGGCUGGGGUGGUCAAGUUUGGAAACUUGAGAAUCGGAGGUAUAUCUGGAAUCUUCAAAGGAAGAGACUAUCUCCAGGGCCUGUGGGAGUGUCCACCGUACAACCAGAACUCCUUACGGUCUGUUUACCACAUCCGGGCUUUGGAUGUCUUCCGUCUGAGCCAGCUGAAGGAGAAGGUGGAUGUCAUGCUGUCUCAUGACUGGCCGGAAGGUAUCACUGAUUAUGGGAACAAAGAAGAGUUGUUAAGGAGGAAACCAUUUUUCAGAGAGGACAUUGAAUCUAAUCAACUAGGCAGCCCUCCAGCCACAAAAUUGCUGAAAGAGCUAAAGCCAGACUACUGGUUUGCUGCGCACUUGCAUUGCCUUUUUGCAGCUCUGGUAAAGCAUGAAGAAGGUGAAACUAAGUUCCUGGCACUUGACAAAUGUUUGCCCAAGCGCAGGCAUCUUCAAAUAUUGGACCUGCCUGCAGAGUAUGAUGGUGACAAGCAACUGAGAUAUGACACAGAGUGGUUAGCUGUGUUGAAGAACACAAACCAUCUCAUGUCGGUUAAAAACAUGGACUGUCAUAUGCCUGGCCCAGGAGGCAAUGAAAGGUAUGAUUUUACACCAACAGCAGGAGAAAAAGAAGCAGUUGUUAACGUAAUGGGCGACUUGCUAAUAAAUGAUGAUACUUUUGUAAUGACUGCUCCAGUGUACGAUCCCAACUCGCGCCGUGGUGUGCCCACUGAUCCAAUUGCUAAUCCUCAAACUGUGAACUUGUGUGAAAAACUUUGUAUUGAUGAUCCCUUACAAGUACUAACAGCAAGAACCGGUAGAGCAAUCAAACAACCAAAUGUAAUUACACCUAGCCCUAGCCAAGUUGUCACUAGCCCAGAGCCAGUAACCAGAGUUAUAGCAACACCAGUGAAAGCCAAAAUGUCAUUACCUGCACCAGUGACACCAAGUGAUUGUGACAGUGAGAUGUCUCACACAAACUCCUUGUUUUCCCCAGAGACACCUACUCAGAUAAACAGUACUAAUGAAUGUGCUACACCUUUGUCGGUAGGUAAAAAGACAUUUAAAAGACGAAAUCAGUCCUUAUACACCCCAGAUGCAGAUGAAAGUGUUGAUACCUCUACAUCACUUCUAGAUGAAAGCCCUCGCUCUAGCAAAGUAGCACUUAAGGAUAACAAUACUUGUAGUUAACAAUAAGUGUACUAUACUGUACAGUAGCUAAUUGUGUCUAAAAUAUAAGUGAUAAAGUUCAAAUAUUGUAAAAUUAAGGCAUGACAUAAUAAAUGAUGGAAAAUCUAUUUGGCAAUGAAUAAAGUGCAAUUC